GUUGUAUCGAUAUAUGCCGCUUUGUAUUAGUGAAUGUAGUAUAUCGGAGAGCCACUCGUUUCCAGGAUUUCUAGGAGAACCAUGUUUCUUUUACCUGCCACAGACGAUGCCGUGACAUCUGUUACAGCGCCCCUCUCAGCACCAGUGAAAGUUAGUUUUGAAUCUGCUGGCCGUUGGUUCGAAGCGCUGCGAUUACGAAGACGCCACAAGCAUUCCCUUUCCCAUCAUUCCCUGCAGAGUAGCAGCAGUGAGGAAAGUGACAAUGAAGAAGUAGAGGAGGAAGACAACUUAACUCUGUUACAAGGCCUAGAUCCCAAAGAAUGGAAGCAACAAGACCACUAUGCGGUUCUUGGAAUAAGCAAACUGAGAUAUAAAGCCACAGAAAAUCAAAUAAAAAAGGCCUAUAAAAGUAUGGUACUGAAACAUCACCCAGACAAAAGGAAAGCCAGGGGUCUGAAGGUGGGGGAUGGAGAGGAUGACUAUUUCACCUGUAUAACCAGAGCUUAUGAAAUUCUGGGUAACAAAUUGAAGCGGCGAUCAUACGACAGUGUGGACCCACAGUUUGAUAAUGACGUCCCACCGGCUGAUGAGGAGUCAAAGAAAAAUUUCUUCAAAGUGUUUGGGCCUGUAUUUGAGAGAAAUUCAAGGUGGUCCAACAGAAGAACCGCCCCUAGUUUAGGCACAGACUCCACAUCUAUAGAAGAUGUCAACAGAUUCUACACUUUCUGGUAUGAUUUUGAUUCAUGGAGAGAGUAUUCCUAUUUGGAUGAGGAGGAAAAAGAAAAAGGAGAAAAUCGUGAAGAAAGGAGAUGGAUAGAAAAACAAAAUAAAGCAGCUAGACAGAGGUUAAAAAAGGAAGAAACAGCUCGUAUCAGACAACUAGUCGACAAUGCGUAUGCCUGUGAUCCACGAGUGAUUCGUUAUAGAGAAGAGGAGAAAGAGAAGAAGGAAGCUCAGAAACGUGCCAAAAAAGAAGCAGCCCGACAGAAAGCUCUGGAGGAAGAGAGGAUAAAACAAGAAGCUUUAGAAGAAGAGAGAAAGAAGAAGGAAAAAGAAGAGGAGGAAGCUAAAGCUCAGGCUGCCAUUGUCAAGAAAGAAAAAGAAGCUCAGAAGAGGUUACUAAAGAAGGAACGCAAAACUCUCAGAACUGUUGCUAAGGACAAGAACUAUUUUACUGAUGCAGAGGAUGAAAAGGUUACCAACAUGGCAGAUGUUGAUAGACUGGCAGACCAGCUUUCACUGCUUCAACUGCAAACACUGAAUGAAGCCAUGGCAGCAGAUGAGGGAAGCAGGGCUAAAGAAGCAUUUUCUGAAGCAGUACAGGAACUGAAUAAACAGAUUGAGGAAGAGAAACAGAGACACCUGGAGGCCUUACAGAAGCAAUCAGGGGGAGAUAACUCCCAGGGAUCCAAGAAGAGCUGGAGCGAGGCAGAGAUUCAGUGUAUGAUAAAAGCUGUCAACCUGUUCCCUGCCGGGACAAAAGAGAGAUGGGAAGUGAUAGCCAAUUUUAUUCAUCAGCAUGUUCCUACCAGUAACAAAAACGCAAAAGAUGUCCUCCACAAAGCCAAGGAGCUGCAGAAAAAUGAUGUGUUCUUGAAACAAAAUGCUGAUAAGAAGGCUUUUGAGAACUUUGAGAAAAAUGUGAAGUCUGCAAAUGUCCAAGCCAAUCCCAAGGAGGGAGUGGUCAGUGAGAGGUUCGAGAGUGUAGGUGAGCAACAGGUGAGAGAACAGGGGACAAACCCCGCCCCGUGGUCCCCCGAGGAACAAAAACUUCUGGAGCAGGCCCUCAAGUCAUACCCUGCUAGCACAGCUGACCGCUGGGACAGGAUUAGUGAGUGCAUCAGCACCCGGAGUAAAAAGGACUGCAUGAAACGCUACAAGGAGCUUGUGGAAAUGGUUAAAGCUAAGAAAGCGGCACAAGAUGCAACAGCCAAGAAAAAAUAACAGAAGGUGUAGGAAAGA